AUGUUCAUACCAAGCCUAGCAACCGCAAUACCGCAGAUCACGAGCGACUUCCACAGUCUGAACGACAUCGGUUGGUAUGGCUCUUCCUACUUGAUCGCGCAAAUGGCACUGCUGCCAACCUGCGGCCGCUUCUACGCGUUUUACAAUAUCAAGUGGAUGUACUGCAGUUCGCUCAUCAUCUUCGAGCUUGGGUCUGUCGUCUCAGCAGUCGCACCAAAUUCGGUGGCGCUUAUCAUAGGGAGAGCCAUUUCUGGCAUAGGUGCUGCUGGCAUAGUGAGUGGGACGACAACUAUUCUCUCAUAUUGCGUCGCUCUGAAGACGCAGGCAAAAAUUUCGCCCAUUGUCCUAGGUAUGUACAGUAUCGGAUCUGCCAUCGGACCGCUCGUGGGUGGCUCUAUAACCGACAGCAAAACGCUUACUUGGCGAUUUGUGUUCUGGAUUAAUCUCCCUUUCGGGGCUGUUGGGCUGGCUCUGGUUUGGUUCGCACUGAGGAAUCCCCCGCCGGCUGUCAAAGGAGGACUGCCAUGGAUCCAGAAGAUACGCCAACUCGAUAUUCCGGGGGCUACUCUACUGCUCGGCGCAACAUCAUGCUUAAACUUGGCUCUACAGUGGGGCGGCAUCGUCUAUCCAUGGUCUAACGCCAAAGUGUUUGGCUGCCUGAUUGGAUUCGGUUUACUCACGAUUGUUUUCUUAUACCUACAAUUCCGGUUUAAAGAAAGCUCUACUGUUCCUCUUCGCAUCUUCCGAAGCCGUACCGUAUCUGCAGCAUGCGCCUUCAUGAUGCUCGUCCAGGUGGCGAUGGUGUUGCAAUCGUAUUUUUGGCCCAUAUACUUCCAAUCGGUCAGGAAUACCAGUGCCAGAGACUCGGGGAUCAAUAUGCUCCCGAUGAUCGUGUCUAAUAGCAUCGGCACAGUCUGUGCUGGUUGGAUCGCGUCAAUGUACGGACAUUAUGUUCCGCUGAUGUGGGUCGGCGCCCCAGUCUUGACCGUCGGAGGUGGUCUGUAUCAACUCGUCCGCCCCGAUAGUCCUCGAGGGCAAUGGAUAGGGUUCCAGAUUCUAUCGGGAAUUGGAUACGGAAUUUGUAGCCAGAUGCCAAUACUGGCGGUUCAAGUCGUCCUUGGCAAGCCAGAUAUUCCGACGGGCCUCGUGAUGGUCAUGUUUUUCCAGGUGCUCGGGGGCGCUUUGGCUCCGAGCGUUGGGCAGAACAUCUUCACCGACAAACUUUUGCGAAAUCUCAUGGAGGUGGAGGGAGUCGACGCUGCGGCCGUGGUGGCGGCUGGUGGGAGGGAGUUCAGGGAUAUGGUUCCGCCGCAAUUGUUGGAUGCGGUCGUCGAUGGAUUCAAUUCCGCUUUGAGAAAUGUGUUUUGGGUGGCCGUCGUUGCUCCGGCCAUUGCUUGGGCUGUGAGCUGGGCAAUGGAGUGGCGACAAUUGCCUGACUCCAAGAGAACGAUUGCCCAAGCUCCGGAUGCAGACUUGGAGAAGAGCGCCGGAGUUCCAGCUACAGAGGAUUCGAAGAAGAAGAAGAAGAUUGGGGCUCCAGGUACGGAAGACCUGGAGAAAUAG